AUGUCUUCAUUCACCUUCUCAGAAGUCAUUAACCCCAACGUCGACAAACUGCAAUGUGCCUUUGCUGACCUCAGACUUAAACUAGUGCACCUGGUCGAGGCUAUCCCCGAGGACCACUGUAGGGAUUGGAUUCUCUCUGGCAGCCUUUUAUCUCUUCACUGCCCUGAAUUGAUCCAGCGAAAGGAAGAGUGGGUCCGUGACUGGACUAAGCUUGUGGAACUUAGCGACAAUGCGCUAAACUGCAAGACAUAUAACAUGAACCUUCCGCUCUCAUCGGAUGAGGUCGCAUUUGGUCGCAAGGUGGAAGAGGCCAACAAACUAUACUCUGGUCAAGUCCAUGCCUACAAGGUGGAGGUCCAGCGACUUGUGGACGAGCAGGCGGCGCUUGAGCGGGAAGAAGGAGAAGUCGGCGAGACAGAUGAGGCCAUGGGCGAUGCGGAUGCCGACGCUGAUGCGGAAGGGGAGUUGGAUGAAGAGGAGGUGGAUGUUCGUCCUCUGUUGGUCACUAAACACGCUGCAACUGUUGGCGCUGUGGCGGGUAGGAGGAAGCCAUUGAAGACCCCACGCGCUGUUGUGCCUGUUGUGCAUCCUGUCCCUUGCGCUCGAUGCGUAAAGGCCAAGAAGCCUUGCGUUGGCAAGCCAGGAAAUUCCUGUGAGCUGUGCAAGGAUGCUUGCAAGAAAUGCGAGUACUCUACUCAUAGGCAUGGAGUCGCAAAGGAGAGGGCUGCUGCAUGCGCUGUUGCGGCAAAGGCAGCGGUAAGGGCGCCCUCUGCUCCCACUCCAAGUUCCUCUGCGGGGCGGGAGACUCCAGAGGAUGGGACUACUGCCAACUCUGAAGAUGAGGAGGAGGAAAGAGAGGAGGAAGAGGAAGAGUCGGUAGAGGACUCGCAAAAGCGGAAGUCGCCAGAGAGUCGGGAGGUUGAGUUCAACCUCUUGGCAGAUGCUGAUGCCGACAACGAAGACAUCUAUCUGGAAGGCAAGGUGCGGGCGCUAUACACCAAGAUGCUGACUAUGCAGGGGAUGCUUAUGGAAAUGAUGACGGAGGUGGAUUCCUUGGUGGUGCGCUGUAAGAAGAGGAGGAGGCUUCGGUAG